CGUCAUCCCUCUCUGUCUCAGUCCGUAGUGUACUGUCAUGGCGGUCGAAUCGGCUUCUACCAGGGAGACAUUCGACUCCUCUCGGACGACAUGAAGGCUCUGCGGCCGACCAUCUUCCCCGUGGUCCCGAGACUCCUCAACCGAAUGUACGACAAGAUCUUCAGCCAGGCCAACACUCCUCUGAAGCGCUCCCUCUUGAACUUCGCGGCGAGGAGGAAAGGAGCUGAAGUGAGUCGAGGCGUGAUCCGCAGCGACAGCAUCUGGGACAAAAUAUUCUUCAGCAAAAUACAGGCCAGUCUGGGAGGGAGGCUGCGGAUGAUCAUCACUGGAGCGGCCCCCACCUCUCCCUCCGUCCUGGGCUUCCUCAGAGCAGCGCUGGGGUGCCAGGUUUACGAGGCCUACGGUCAGACUGAAUGUACGGCCGGCUGCACCUACACCACCCCCGGAGACUGGACUUCAGGUCACGUCGGGGCUCCUCUCCCCUGUAACCUCAUCAAACUGGUGGAUGUCCCAGAGAAGAACUACUUUGCGUCGAAAGGAGAAGGCGAGGUGUGUGUGAAAGGACCAAACGUGUUUAAAGGCUACCUCAAAGACCCAGUGAGAACGGCCGAGACUCUGGACCCUGACGGCUGGCUGCACACGGGGGACAUCGGGAAGUGGUUACCGAACGGCACUUUGAAAAUCAUCGAUCGUAAGAAGCACAUUUUUAAGCUGGCGCAGGGAGAGUACAUUUCCCCGGAGAAGAUCGAGAACAUCUACAUCAGGAGUGAGCCCGUGGCACAGCUGUACGUGCACGGGGACAGUCUCCAGUCGUGUCUCGUUGGGAUCAUCGUCCCAGACCCAGAGGUGAUGCCGGAGUGGGCCAAGAAGAAGGGGCUGUCAGGCUCGUACCAGGAGCUGUGUGAAAACCCGCUGUUGAAGAAGGCCAUUCAGGAGGACCUGGUGCGUUUGGGCAAAGCCAGCGGCCUCCACUCCUUUGAACAGGUGAAGAACAUCCACAUCCACAGUGAGAUGUUCUCCAUUGCGAACGGGCUCCUGACCCCCACGCUGAAGGCCAAACGCCCCGAGCUCAAAGAGUAUUUCAAAACCCAGAUCGACGACCUCUACAGCAGCAUCUCCCUCUGAGCCCCCCCCUCCUCCUCUUCAUCUUCAUCAUCACCAACACUUCAGUCUUUAUUUCAGUCUAUUUCACGAUCACAUUGCUCUGUCCAGCAACAUUUCUACUGCAAAAACAAAUCUACAUGAGCUACAAUGACUUGAAUCCAAAACCUGAAUCAGAAGUUGGAUUUUCAUUGCCAUUUGACAGAAUUUAGUCUAGGAACUUGCCAAUAAUCAGUAAUAAAAGUAAAUUUAAGCUGUGAUACAUUAAAAUCAAGACGUGAAUUAAAAAUAAUGCAAAUAAGAAAACCAAAAUUGACUUUUUGAACUACAAUUGACCAAAUUUAAAUGUUUUCCUUCCAUGACGCCUCUGGAUUUUUGACAUUUGCCUAUAUCCCCGCGUGUCAGAUGCCCUCCCAUCCUCCAACACGCCUGUAGUUUUGGACGUUGUUGGAUAAAGAACACGAUAAUUGACAGCAAUUUUUUUUUUUAAAGUGACAAAAAACAGAACUAAAAUUUCGACUAGAUGUUUCCAGCAAAACGAUCUGCAAACUGAGUACGAUUUUUUUCACAUUUCAAGUGCACUUUUCAUUGGAAUAUUUCACAAAUAUGUUCAAAUAAAAUAGUCAAAAGUUUUCAAAUCAACCUUAAGAUUCUCGUUCAGGUCGGUUUCCACAUAUAUAUUUGUUUUUGCAGUGUUGUCAUGCCGUCCAUUUUGAAUUUUCUUUGCAUCAACAUUUUUUUAUUGUCAAACUAGUCUCUGCAGAAGCCAGUAGAGUUUGUCGUGUCUUAGAAGAAAAAAAACAACAACUUAAUGACGAGUACUAUUACUUCAAAAUGAUAUCACUCGAGUAGAAGUUAAAAUUAAAAACGUGAUUCAAGUUUCUCGAGUUUUGGUGAAAAAUCGACUUGGGAAUUGAGUAGCGCUAAUAAGAAAUUAUUAGUCGACUUAAAACUGUUCGUAUCUUCGUGUAACUGAACCAAACUGCACUCGGAAAACUACACCUGCAGGGGGAGUUCAUGCAAAAACUACUAUUCACUCAGCAAAAAGUACUAGGAGUCAAUGUAUUUAUAAAAAAAAAAAGACAGAUUUAACUUAAGAAUCACGAGUUUAAUCUGACUUUUUACGUUUACUGCAGCCCUAGUACGGAGUCAUUUGGAGGAGUCAAUCUCUUCCCUUAGCCGUUUCAAAUUGACACCAAAAAUGACGAGGUUUUAUGCAAGUACGAAACGAAACGCCGAUUUACCGAGACGAUUUUGCGUGCAAUUAGAAAAAGAAAAAAAAGCAUCUUUGUACAGGCGUAGUGUAGAGAGGUGGACCACUCCUGCCUUAGUAAGCGUUUGAAUCUUUUGAGCAGUUUCUUUUGUGGUUUUGCGUGCAUGCUCCUAGCCCAAAACUGGAAUUUCUUUACCAAACCAUAUGCACACGUUUCUCUCCAUAAUUUUGUUGCACCAAAUGUUUGUUUUUUUUAUAAUAAUAAUAAUUUAAAAAAAAUCACAUAAAAUGACGCAAACCAGGGCUUGGGCGGUGCAUGUAGUUUGCCCGACUUUUGACUUGAAAAAUUUAAAAAUGAUUGUUUCUUUUGGGCCACUAACAACGCUCAACAGUGGACACGCCGUUCUGAUUCUGGAAGUACAACUCGUUCAGAUUUAUAAAGGUUUUAAAGGUGCACUGUGAAAGUUUUUCUCCAGUUAUUGGUUUGCCUGUGACAUAAAACACAUUUACACAUGCUUUAUUGCUAAAAAAAAUAAAUAAAAUAAAAAAAAAAUACAUUGAAAAGUGUGUAAAACCCUUCACUCGUCCUGGUAGAAUCUAUGGCAAAAGGAGAAAUUCAAUUUGUCAACUGGACAAAAGUUUAUUUGGUCGAAAACAUUUUGCAGUUCAUCCAAGACGUUUCUUUAGUUCUGGUGAGACGCUGGUGGACACUUCCUUAUAUCUGCUGAAAGGAGGAGCUAACUACACUGAAACUACUCUGAAACUAACACACAGACUGUUUCUGUUUGUUAGGCUACGUUCAGA